UCGCUCUCUAACAGGGAAGAAGAAAAAAAAGAUGACCUUACGGUCUUUCGCUCCUGUUUAUACCAGUGUCUUGAUUCCAAGCCCCCCUGGAGCAAAAAGUGAAUAUCUUUUCCGACAGCUGUGUGCCAUACACUGGCUUUUGGAAGCUUUGACUCUUGAAUCCAACAGUUCGAUGCAUUCCAUAUUAACCUGUUGGAAUCCAACGGACCCUGGCGGUUGUAAAAAAACAGUAAAAGAAAUCAAAGAGGAAAAGUUAGCAACAUGCAUGUGGGAGCUCUUUAUUACAAACACAAAGAAAUGCAUCUGGAAAGCACGAUACAGUCCAAUCAGCAGGCAGGUAAACAAGACAUCUACUCCAGGUAUCUCUCAGCUUAGCAGUCAGUCAUCUCCCCGUGGUCAAACUCCUUGUGGCAGUGAAACUUCCACUGUACUUUGCUCCGAAGACAAUGUCAAGAUUAACAUAGCUUCGUCUGAUGUUAUGAGUGAGCCAGCAGAAGCUAAAGAACAACCACGUCUUUUCCCCUCCCUACAGAAAGUCAUCGAGAUAACACGUAAAGAGGUGUCAAAAGAUGUCCAUAAGCAAGAAGAUAUGGUUAAGAAGACUGGACUGCAACAUUUGUUGCUAGUGGCUCAGAAGACUUACAGAGUAAACAUGCCAUUCAUUAAGGACCAAGAGAGUAUAAUAUCAAGGAAGCAAAGGCCCAGAAGGCAGGGUUGCAGCUGCAAUAUCAGCUCUUUCAUUAAAAGGAAAGCUAACUUGUGUGCUGAUAUGAGGCAAAAGUUCAUAGCAGUACGUGAAGAAGCAGCUUGUUGUUUACAUGAUACUCUAGAGCGCCUUGAGAGGAGGCAGGAAGAGCGAUGUUGUCAAAAAUACCAGGCUUUGAAACAAUUGAAGUGUUUUAGAAGAGACAUGGAAAGAAUAAGACAGCUGGGCCUGAGAGCCGAAAGAGAACGUGAUGAAGAUGGACUAAACUGGUUUCCUGUGUUGCUUGCCAGACUCCCAGAGUCUGUGAAGAGUGACCAUUAUGUACAGAAAAUCUUAAAGAAACUGGAAAAAUAUGGCAAGAUUCCUGACUUGAAAAUUCAUCCAGACACCUUUCUUAAGGCUCUGGCUGAUCUACAGGUGUGGGAGCUGUGUUCUCCAGAAAUUGCUGCAGCUGUGGAGUUUGUACGUGAGAGUAUUGUGCAGAUGCCAGAAGAGGAUUUCAGCAAGUGGUUUCAGACAAGAGUAGCCCCUCUCGGUGCACAGUCCUCCACCCUUUGA